AUGGAACAGGCAUUUUCUUUAGGAAUGGCAACACCGGCUGAACUCGAUGUAAACUAUCAAGGACAGGUAACAGACUUACAAAAACAAAUAAAUUUUUACGGAAGUAGGAUACAGGAUGCAGAAAAUUAUUUACAAAUGACCAAACAAAAACUGUUAAAAGUGCAACAAGAGUUAAAUAAUGUAGAACAUAAUUCAGAAGAUGAAAUAGAAAUAGAAGCAUGUCAAAAGCCAAAUUUCAUGUCCAGGGAACUGGAAGAAUAUCGACUUUCCACAGAUAAACUCUCAAUGGAAGUGCAAUUACUCACUGACAAAAUUUCUGCUAUGGGUAAACAGAUCGAAACUCAUGAAGAGAAAUCAAUUUUAUAUGAUAGUUUAAAAUUGCAACAUGAGAAAGAUUUAAAUGAACUUGAUUUAGCAAAAUCAGAAAUACGGAAUUUGGAAAAUCAAAUAGUAGAUUUGAAAAAAUUAUCAAAGAAUAACUAUUCGAGUUCGAAUAACUAUUCGAGUUGGAAUAACUAUUGGAGUUCGAAUAACCAUUGGAGUUGGAAUAACCAUUCGAGUUGGAAUAACCAUUGGAGUUCGUAUACCCAUUCGAAGUUGGAACAUGAAGUUCAGUUUUUGCGUAGUGUAAAUAAAGACUUGAAGUAUAAUACGCAACAGGAAAUAUUUUUUUUGAAAUCGCGACUUAGAAUGAUAGUUGAAGAAUGUUCUGAAUACAAUGAAAAAAAUGUUAAAUUAAAACGUGAAAUUGCAGAAUGGAUGAAAUUAGCUCAAGAUAACUGUCCCACUAAUGUGAGACCUAAUCCUUUAGCAUUACAUGCUGAAAUUGAGAGACUAUUAGAAAAUAGUAAAAAAAUGGUAGCAGAGAAAAACGUAAAAGAAUCAGAAAUGAAAUCUAUUAACUCCGAUUUGGUUGAAUCUAAAAAUAAAUGCGAUGAAUAUGCUAAGAAUAUUAAGGAACUAAAGGAACAUAUAAAGGAAUUAAUGAUAGGACUUCAAGCAUUUUUCAAGGCAAUGUGA